AUGGCCUCAGUGCUAUUGCUCGGUGCCAUUAUAAUCCUGCUGAACCUCGCAUCUAUGUCAUUGGCGCAACCUAACCACAAAUGCAGAACACAUUGCGGUGACAUUGAAAUUCCCUACCCAUUUGGCAUUGGUAUUGGUUGCGCCAUCGAACAAAGGUUCGAGGUCAACUGCAGCACGACUGCUGAUGGAAUUGAGAGGCCAUUCAUUCAUGAACAGGAGGUUCUAAACAUUUCAGCGUCCCGCGGUCAAUCCAGAGUUUUAAUGACCAUCCCAUCAUAUUGCUACAAUUCUAGUAUAGGAAAAAUGGAUUUGCACCCUUGGGAUUUUUACUUAGCAUGGCCAUAUCGGUUCUCAGACGUGCAUAACAAGUUCAUAAGCAUUGGUUGCAACUCAAUGGGAUACAUUUACACAGGCAAAUCGAGGUAUGUAGCAGGGUGUGUAUCGGUGUGUUGGAGCCCGGAAGAACUGGCAAAUGGCUCUUGUGUUGGCAUAGGCUGCUGCCAAAACACCAUUACCAAGGGAUUAACAAGCUACCAUGUCGUAUUCUAUGAUGUCGACUACCUCAACAGUACGACUAGUUGGCACUUCAACCCAUGCGGCUACUCCAUGGUGGUGGAAGCAGAGAAUUUUGUUUUCAACUCUGAGUAUAUAACCACGACAAGGUUCAAUGAUACCUACAAGGGGCGGCAACCAGUGGUGCUUGACUGGGCAAUUGGAAAUGUAACGUAUGUCAAUGAAUGUGAGCACAGUCCAAGUCCCUGCCCAAAGUCUGCAACUUGCCAAAACAUAGUUGGAGGAUACCAAUGUUUAUGUCCUUUUGGCGGUAAUUUUGCAAAGGAAACAAACUCUUGCACCAACGGAUUGAUAGGAGUUAUUAUUGGACUAAGUUGUGGUAUUGGAGUUCUAUUUAUUGCUUUAGUUUCAGCUUUGUUGAUCCGAAGGUGGAACCAAGGCAUUAAAAUUAGAGUUCGAAAGGCGCACUUCCGGAGAAACAAAUGUCUUGUCUUGGAACAACUGAUUUCAUCCGAUGAAAGUGCCAUGCAUAGCACUAAAAUAUUUUCCUUGGAUGAGUUAGAGAAGGCAACCGACAAUUUUGACUCCACGCGCAUUCUAGGUCUUGGAGGGCAUGGUACUGUUUACAAGGGGAUUUUAUCAGAUCAGCGCGUGGUGGCCAUAAAGAAGUCCAAAAUGGUCGAUCAAAUAGAGAUUGAUCAAUUCAUCAACGAGCUUGCCAUUAUGUCACAAAUCAAUCAUCGGAAUGUGGUAAAACUUUUUGGAUGCUGCCUCGAGUCAGAGGUACCUUUGCUUGUGUAUGAGUUCAUAUCCAACGGCACGUUGUCUGAAAUCCUCCAUGGUGACAACCUCAGUUCCAGGACCUCUUUAACAUGGGACGAUCGUAUUAGAAUUGCUAGCGAGGCUUCAAGUGCUCUUGCUUACCUCCAUUCCGCUGCUUCUAUACCAAUCUUUCAUAGAGAUGUGAAAUCUGCCAAUAUACUCUUGACUGAUAACUUCAGUGUAAAGGUUGCAGACUUCGGAGCUUCAAGAUCCAUCUCCAUUGAUGAAACUCGUGUAGUCACAGCAGUUCAAGGUACAUUUGGAUACCUAGAUCCCGAGUAUUACCACACAGGCCAGCUAACUGAAAAGAGUGAUGUUUAUAGUUUUGGUGUGAUAAUCGUCGAGCUCCUUACAAGGAAAAAGUCGAUCUUCCUCGAUUCCCAUGGUGAAAAUAAAAACCUAUGCCAUUACUUUGUUCAAAGGCAACAAGAUAACACCAUCAAGGAGAUCGUCGAUGUUCAAGUUCUUGAGGAAGGUACGGAAAGACAGAUUGACGAGAUGGCCUCCCUUGCGAUGGCAUGCUUAAAGCAUAGAGGAGAGGAGAGGCCUACCAUGAAAGAAGUGGAGCUAAGACUGCAGGCCAUGAGAGGGAAGAUGGUGAUGAAGAGAAAUCAUGAGUUAGAAAGGCAUGGUGAAGCUGUGACAUUGUUACCUUCAAAUUAUUCCAACUAUUUCAGCACUAGUUUUGGGGCUGCUAAUUCAUCAAAUCAAUGUGUCACUCGAUGUUGUACAAUGGAGCGAGAACUAGUUUCUUGGACGGACCUACCUCGCUAA